AUGCGGGCCUGUCUCUUCGUGCUUCUCGGACUCUUCGCCCUCUGUCCUGCUCCGCCCGUCCCAGAAGGGGCAGAGCGAACUGUGGCUGCUGGCGAAGAGAAGGCGCAGCCAGCUCUGGAGUUCAAGGAAGGUUCCAAAGAAGAUGCCGAUUCGGCAUUCCAGACAAUGUUGGACUCUGUGAGUGAAGACCGUUCCAAGGACGAAAGGGAUUCCUCAGCGGCUGUGGAACAGCUGAGCGCUAUCCUCGAAUUUGCCAAGUACGACUCCAACAAGGAUGGCUUCAUUGACCUGGGAGAGUGGAGUAGCAUCCACGGCGGAAUAGAGAAGUUCAAGGCUCACUUUCACUCAGCUGAUGUCGAUGGCGACAAACAGAUCGCCGAAUUAGAGUUCCAGGCUGCCCCAUGGUACAACGAAGCCGAUCCUGUCGUGCUUCCGGGAGAACUCGUUGGCCAAGGUGACGAGGCCGGCAAGCAAUAUGCAACCGCUGAAGGGGAAGUGCCACAGUUCACCGCCGACCAGCAAGUUCCCCAGGUCCUUCAGGAUGUACCGGUCCCUUCGCAAAACGAGGGCCCUGCUGAACCCGAAGACGCACAGGAACCCGUUCCUGAGCUUCGCUACGCUUCGGAGGAAGCUGAGGACCCGGAGCAAGAGCCAAUGAUCCUGCUCACUAGCGCCGACAAUCCUGAAGUUACUAGAGAAGCAGCGCAGGAGGAUGCCGCGCAUCCUGAAGAAGGCAAGGACACUAAGAUUCAAGAAGCGUCCGAAGGUAAAGACGCUUCCGACACCAAGCAGACGAACAAGGUGGAGGUGAACCAGGUUCGUCAACCAUCCGAAGCUCUUGCAGGAAAUGUAGAAGGGCCACAUCGUGCUUCAACUGAAGAUGCAAAGCAAAGUGAAACUACAAAUGAGAAGCAAAAAGCAGUCGAACCCGAAGGCAAGGUUGAAGAGCAAGAGAAGACCGACGCGCGUACAUUUUAAACGGACUAUCACUUCAUAUAUCCCGCGGACACUGUGGAAGCACUUUAUGUAAGGGUAUUUAUUUUAUUUAUGCGUCGCAAAUGGCUGUGUUUUCUCCGUCCCUGUCGUCGAGACAUUAAAAGACGGACGUGGCUCUUCAUUGCGACACCGGGACCGAACCAACGAUGGCGGGUGUCAUCAACGUUGGUUUCAUUCGGGCUUUUUGGGAGAACGUGAUCGUGGUCGUUGACGAGUUAACGAAAGUUAACGAAAAUACAAUGAAUAAAAUUGUCCUUCUUAAAACGUCA